GACAAAGCCCGAAGCCAACAUUACCUUACGCCGUGCGAAGAGAAUGCGGUUGUUAACUUUGUGUUACAUAUGGACACUCUUGGGCAACCUAUACAAAUAAAGUAUAUACCAGCAAUAGCGUUUAGUGCUACACGCCAUCAGCCCCAAGCAGAUCAACCGCCUAAGCCUCCUGGUGUAAACUGGGCUAAGAGACUCAAGAGACGCCGGCCAGAGCUUAUAGCAAGGACAAAGAAGCCGCAAGACUGGAACCAGUUAAAUAUCUAUGACAAGGUCUCGCAC